AGCGAUCGCUCGGCGAACGUGGCCUCUGCCAUGUCCGCAGUCCCACACUCUUGCCUGCUGACCAUCCCUCCCGUCCUUGACUGGAAUAGACGAAAAGAUGAACGCCAUAUUCUUACACACGACAGCUGCUGCCGUCAUGGCGUACGGGUAUAACAGUCUGAAGCAGAUGCCAGUGGACAAAUUUCUCAGCGCCCAGAAAGGAGGACAUAGCCAGUUCUUGACUAUCAUUGGGCUCUGGCUGGCAUUCACGACUAUGACACUGGGAUUGGCGUCAGAACUGUCUCCUACGAUGACCGUCUUCCGGAAGAUCAAGAGACUGGUCCUUAUGGUUGCCUUGCCGAUAUCUACCAUUGUUACCACGGUGUACUGGGGUCUUCUCAUCUUCUGGCCCGAAAUGAUACUCGCUGCCAGGCCGCUCCCAGUCGAAUCUCCAACCCCGGAUGAACUCGUACCGUCAUUCUCGGAGCCCACGAUCCUGCGCAUUCCAUUGCAUCUCGACCUUGCGCUGCACGCUCUCCCGGCAGCCUCUUUGAUUUUGGACUUCUUCUUUGUCGAGCGCAAAUACACUCGUGGUCAAGCCGUCUACGGUGGCAUCAUCAUGACGGUCUUGGCUUGCUUGUCGUACGCUCCAUGGAUCGAGUACUGCGCGAGAUUCAACGGAUCCUUCCCCUACCCCUUCCUGACGGAGAAUCCUUUCGACGUUCGGGUCAUGAUCUAUGCAGGCCUGAGCACGUUCGCUCUGGUAACCUUCUGGAUCAUGAAUGCACUACACUCGUGAAAGACUCAAAUCGUCUGCCAACGGUUGUGCACACACAUUCUACCAUGUAAUAUACCGUCUCGGGAUGAAUUGCAAUGAAGUGUCACCUGUAAAUGGCACGAUUACGCAUGUA